AGUCCUCGCUGCUCUAGGAAGGGAAAUGCUAACAAAAUCUGGAAAGAUAAUUGAAGCUGGCACAUUGGCAUGUAAUGAAGCCUAAGAGACCUGCACUCUGUACCAUCAUCUCUGCUGAAGUUGUGUCUCUUUAAGAGGCGGGAAAGGAAACUGUUGCUGUGGCAACCUGUGGAUACACUGUUUCCUCACCUUGGAAGGAAAGAAAACACAAAUUCCUCAUUGCAAGCCUUUAGAAAGUAUAUCUUUUCCAUGGCUUCUGGGAGUCUGCUCCCUCCCAUGCAAGUGGCGAACUCAUUGGAGACAGCAAAAGAGAUACCGAUUCAGAAAACCCCAAAUGCGAGCAAGAGUGCAAUAGAGUUUCUUUCACUAAUUGGAAGAGGUGAGACCCAGCCCUGCCUUUUUGAAGAGUCGCUGGUCGCUACCUCAGAGAAUGGCCAGGCAAUAGGAACAUUCUCCAUCUCAGUGAAGAAGUCCCAGUACUCGCUAGAUGAGUCUUAUGAAGAUGACUGCUACCUGGUCCAUGCAAGAAGCAAAGGGACUGUUGAUGGUGUGCCCUGCACAACGUCCAUUACAGGUUAUAUAACGCCUAAUUUAGAGACACUGGAGCAGCACACAAAGGAAAGUGUGAGGUUCAGAGACCAUCCAGUGGAAACCAGAACCCAUGUGGUAAAACACCAAGGCCAGAUUGUUGUGACAAAAACUAUUAUUGAAAGAGAUGAAGAGAUCCACAUCAACAGCUCUUCUUAUAACUGUGAACUCAUUCAAGGCCUAGUCUCGGAGUCUGCCAACCUUCUGGUGUUGCGGGUGAUGGCUAGGAGGCAGGCUGUACCAGAGAAUGCCAUUUUCUUGUCAUUUGAUAGUGACCAUCACAUCUGUACCUCCACCUAUAGAGCCUUGGGUUUCCAGAAGCAGAAGGUGAAGAAGGAAGAGGUGGAUGUGUUUGUGAUUGAGAGAGCCGUGCAUUCCACAGAAGGGAUUCCUCUGAGCUGGCAAUUCUGCUUCCUGUCAGAUGGACAUUUGUCCCAUCGUGUCCAGGUUGGAUCCCCAGUCAUCAUGUUGAUCCUCGAGGUGCCCGUUCUGAUUGAAAUAGAUGAACCAGACCCUCAUCCAGUCUUUGAGAAAAUACCCCUGGAUUGGGAGGAAGAUGUGGAGUUGUACUCCCAGUUCUUAGACAGAAAGGAAGAGCUGCAAGCAAGCCAUGCCACCUAUGUACGGUGCCAUCCAGAGCUCACUAACUUGCUGGCAGACUUCUUGCAAUUGUUGCUUCUUCGCAAGCCAGAUGAUGUGGUCACCUUUGCAGCUGAGUACUUCGCCCCCUUUUCAACCCAGAACCCUCCAUGUCGAUCCUUUCAGUCAUCUGACAAGCCCAGCCCCUUUCGCAGCUAUGUCUGAACAGUCAGUGAAUAAUAAACAUCUAGCAGAUUACUCUGGGAACUAUUUUUGCAAGGUACCUGGCGGCUUUUUGCCCAAUGGGAAGGAUGACUGUUUCACAGAUAGCAGAGAAUUAACCUUUUAUAUUGUCUUUCGUUUAAUAUUGAAGUAUUUGCAUGAGCAGAACCAGUUAGGAUUUCUGUGGAGGAUUUAUUGAACUAAUGCGAAAGGAGCAACUGAUUAAAAAAUCCUUUGGAAUGUGAUAUUUUUAAAAUGUCCAUUCUCUAAGAUAAUAAAAGUUUACAACA